CGGUUCUUGGCAGUGAGCGGUGAGCAGCGCCAGCACGCGUCCGUCCAUAUACAUACAUAUACAUAUUGUACAUACAAAUAUAUGUAUAUUGAGACUCACUCUAUCAGUAGCGUGAUCUUAUCAAACAACGGUUUCUUUUACGAAUUAAUGUAAACGAAAUUUUAAUACACACACACAUGUGCAUACAUAUACAUACCGGCAUACGGUAAAUUCAUAUACGAUUAGAUUUCGAAGCGGUCUAUCGUCGCCCAUUGAUAAGCGCGCGUUUUUCGCCGCCGUCAAACUGAAGCCUGUGAGUACAUUUCGGACGUACAUACAUACAUACAUACACACGCCCUUACAUAUGUAGGUAUGUACAUAUGUGCAAUAUACAAAUUUGUUUGAUGCAGUAAACACUCUUUACAAUUAAAUAGAAUGGAGAAAACAAUUGAGUUGUGGCGAUUGUAAGUCGUCAUAGCGUAGUGCUCGGCGCCCCAGUACAAUUUCGGCGCUGAAACGAUACGGAUACGAUUAACGGAAGUGCAGUGAAAUUUUUUUUAUACGACUAGUUAUUCGUUUUACCCAUUUGUCAUACAAAAUUAAGCGCUAAAUCAGCAAAUGUGAAGUGAUUUAUUAUAAUUUAUAGUGCCUUCUUACUUAGUUAGUGAAAAAAAGAAAACGAAAUUGAAAAUGCCAGUAAAAGUGCAAACACCCACCAAAAGCCAGAUCGACGAGCUGCGAAAUUUAUUCAACGAAAAAUACGAGCAAAGUCCACCCGCAGUACCCUUCCAUCACAUCGAUCUCGACCGUAUACGCAAUGGAGAUAUGUGGCUAACACGUUUCCUCGAAAUGUACGAUUUGGACAUGCAGAUAUCAAUGGUUAAGCUUUGGGACACUUGUAUAUGGCGACAAGAGUAUGGCACAAAUGAACUAAACGAAAAUAAUUUGGUUAAGGAAUAUUUACACGACGGAGUUGUAUUUGCACGUAACAAAGACUUGGAUGGCAAGACAUUGCUCAUAUUCCGAACCAAGCUACACGUGAAGGGCACCAAGAAUAUGGACGAAGUAAUUCGCGUGGUAGUUUAUUGGAUCGAGCGAAUCCAACGCGAAACAGAUAUGGAUAAAAUGACGAUUUUCUUCGAUAUGGCCGGCACCGGCGUGUCCAGCAUGGAUAUGGACUUUGUAAAACGCAUCAUCGAGACUUUCAAAAUGUAUUAUCCGAAUGCACUGAAUUACAUAUUGAUUUUCGAAAUGGCAUGGGUGCUGAAUGCGGCUUUCAAAAUCAUAAAGGGUUUUCUGCCUGCCAAAGCGCUGGAAAUACUCAAAAUGAUAUCGAAGAAGGACAUAAAUCAGUAUAUCGACAAAGCCAAUUGCCUUGCCAGUUGGGGUGGCAAUGACCUGUACGAAUUCAAAUUUGUGCCAGAAAAGUUGAGCAGACCUACUACACUGACUGUGAUAACUAAUGGAGCGCCGCCAAGCGAGCCAAUUAGCCCUGAUUCGCCGAAUGAUAAGAAGGUACACUUUGCCAACAACAACCGGAUGUACGCGGGAGCUGAAAUGCCGGAAUGUGAGCGAGGCUAUCAAACCUUGGACCCAAUGAGCACAAUGCUUAGAAUUUCACCAAACGAUAAUAUAUACUUCAAUCGGGGCGAAAAUAGCGAGAGCAUAAUAGAACUCACAUGCAUCGGAAAACAGGCUAUAACUUAUAAGAUUCAAACAACUUCGCCAGAAAAAUUUCGAGUGCGUCCACGCUGUGGCUAUUUAGCACCGUCUGAGACAGUUUCGGUGAACAUUAUGUUGAAGCAGGACUAUCAUUUGGGUGAGUCGCCGAAGGAUAAAUUUCUCGUGAUGUGUAUGCCAGCACCUGUGGGUAUAGAGCCAUCACAGCAAAGUAUGAGUGAAGCUUGGAAAAUGAAACCUCAAAAUGGCAAUGAUGUGGAGCAACAUCGCUUAACCUGCAACUACAGAAGCAGUGCAAGUGCAGCAAGUACACCCGGUACUUGCGCCUGUGGAAAAACUACAAUGUUCAACGGUGGUCCGGAUGAGGGUUUUGCAUCCACGAAGAGUACCAACACUUCGGAUCUGUCAACACAAGCUAAACUCCUGGAAAGCCAAUUGAGAUUUACACAAAUUCUACAAUGUAUUACGCUCGUAUUUUUACUGGGACUCUGUGUCGCGGUCGUUUAUCUACUAAAGACGCAACUAAAUCACCUGCCCGGCUGCAUCGGUGAUGAGGAAUGCAGUGCUUCGGCCAAUUGUCAAAGCCGAAAUCUAUAAUAUUUACUUUCAAAAUGCAAUUUGACCAAGCAGCACCUACCGGUACCCACUGCUGCGGAGAAACUUCGUAGACGAGGUCAUGGUAGUAGUAGUGGUGAGCUGACAACUGCUUGCGACUGCAAUGUAGCAGCUGAUGGCGACAUUGACUGCGGUGAUUUUGUCAUCGAUGGCGAUGCCAUGGAUUACGACGAAGCUGUUUUUGAUAAGGGCGGUGUGGCUGGUGGUGGCUACCUGCUUGGUCUAAUCGCAUUUGCACGUAAAUUCGCGCGUAUCAUAAUUACAAUUUCGAUGCUCUUCUGUAUUAUAUUCAUCUCGUUCUAUUGCUGCUCCGAAUCGAGGACAACAAUUACCGCUUUAGCGCCACCAAUGACACCUCCAGCAACAACAAUUGAGGUACAUAUGAGGACACAAGCGCAAGCACACAGAAGUUGGCCAACAAAUUGAUGUAAUCAUGAACAAGUUCACAAAUUUUUUGAAUAUAUAUUUCUAUAUAAUGCACUAACUUAAAUAAUUAACGCGGCAAUAUAAAUAUGGCUAUGCAAGUGUAGUAUUAUACGUGAAAAGAUUUAUAAAUGCCGCCGAAAUGUGUGCUAAACUGACAUGCGUAUAUAAAUAUUAUAUAUGUAUGUAUUUAGUGUUGUGCCACAAACAUAAAAGUCAUCGAGAGGUAGGUUUUUUGCAUUUUAAUAUAAAGUGGAGCGAAAUCAUGCACAAAUAUUGUAAAUUAAAUAAUAUUAAAAUUUGUAAAAUUCUUUAGAAUAUUUUAUGUCCCCAGACAAUAGACUAAUGAUGUUUCAAUUUAAUUAAUUAGUUUCAUGUUUAAGGUAUACCAACAUGCGUUCUCACUUCCAAACAACGCAUAGGAUUGCUAUUUUAAAUCUAUUAACAGACAAUUCAACAUACAGACAGCCAAUUUUAUAUACACACGUUCAUAUAUAUAAUAUAUACACAUAUUAACUGCUGGAAUUACUCAUAUUAUUGACUAUUUAAUAACUAUUAAAAACAUUGUACAUACAAAAUGCCAAGAUAUACAAAAUUUUAUAAAUACAUACGAACAUACGUAUGUAUGUACAUAUAAAUGAACAUUUUGCAUAAAAACGAACUUGUCACACCACUUUGUUUUAUAACAUAUGUACAUAUAUGUUAAUUAGGGGGUUCAGGAGCGAAAUAUUGCAGCUGCGAAAAUAAACAACAGCAUUGAAGAAGCCAAAUAAUAGGUAAUAAAAAAUUUUAGGUUAAUAUAAAAACAAACUUCAAAUAUUUCAAUUUUUUUUUAUUCAUGCUUUAUUAAGAACCCCAAAUGAACUAUAUAUGAGAUGUACGUGUAGUACAAAAAGUGUAUAUUGUUCUUCGAAAUAAAUUAUGUUCAAUUACAUAAUUGUAAGAGAAUCAAUCAAUUUAUAUACCAAUUUAUAAACAAUAAUAUAGAGAGUCGCACACUAGUUCGUAAGUGUGUGUGCACUCUAGUCAAUAACUAAUUAAUUAACGUUCUAUUUUAUUAACAGUCAACAGACGGAAUAUUAAUAAUUAUAUAAAAAUAUACAAGAAACAAAUUACUUAUAAA